AUGAAGGUGGAGGAGUUGAUUAUAGAUGGCUUUAAAUCGUAUGCAACUCGUACGGUGAUCUCAGAUUGGGAUCCACAGUUCAAUGCAAUCACUGGAUUGAACGGAUCCGGAAAAUCAAAUAUCUUGGACGCAAUAUGUUUUGUGCUUGGUAUCGCCUCGAUGACCACGGUUCGAGCUUCGAAUUUACAGGACUUGAUUUACAAAAGAGGACAGGCUGGAGUAACCAAGGCGAGUGUGACCAUUGUUUUCGACAACAGCGAUACCUCCAAGUCUCCUAUAGGGUUCGAAACUUGCUCCAAAAUCAGUGUCACAAGACAGAUCAUUCUCGGUGGAAGCUCCAAAUAUUUGGUUAAUGGUCACAAAGCUCAACAACAGACCGUACUCAAUUUAUUCCAGUCGGUGCAACUCAACAUCAACAACCCCAACUUCCUUAUUAUGCAAGGUAAAAUAACCAAAGUUUUGAACAUGAAACCGUCAGAAAUUUUGUCACUCAUCGAAGAGGCGGCUGGAACGCGUACUUUCGAAGAACGUAAAGACAAGGCCAAGAAAACUAUGGCGAAAAAAGAUACAAAACUUGCUGAGAUACGCUCGUUGCUUCAAGAAGAAAUCGAACCCAAACUCGAAAAGCUCAGAAACGACAAGCGUACGUUUGUCGAGUACCAACAAGUUCAGACCGACCUCGAGAAACUCACCCGCAUCAUAACUGCCCAUGACUAUACCACAUACAACGAAAAAUACAACGACCACAAGAACGGCUUGUCGUCCCAGCGUGAACAACGUGAUACCUACCAGCGAGAAAUGAGCAAAAGGAGCGACGAAAUUACCCAUUUGAAUACAGAACUAGACCAUCUCAGGUCGCAGCAUGAAGAGGAAAUGAAGAAAGACAACACAAUAAAGUCCCUAGAAGCCAGUGAAAACGAAAUCACGGAAAAGAUCACUCGUCUCAAUACCACGAAAGAAAUAACUAUAGACAACUUGAAGGAAGAAAAGAAGAAAAAACAAAAACUCCAAGCUCAAUACACCAAGGUCGAGCAGCAUGUUCUCAAUAGUGAUGAUAUCUACAAGAACGCAGAAGCUGCUUUUAAUGAUGCUAAACAAAAACUCAACGAAAUUAAACAAGAGCAUUCCAAGAAAGAAGAACUUUUAUCAACAUUGUCGACGGGAGUCUCAGCUUCAGGCGCUACUGAUGGUGGAUAUGUUGCUCUGUUAAAGGAGAGAAAGAAGAUGCUUAAUGAUUCCAGCAUACUUAUAAAGCAGUCUCAGCUCAAGAUUUCCCACCUCCGAGAGCAAAUCAGUAAUGACGAGUCAAAAUUGCAUGCAGCAAAGCAAGAAACAGCCUCUUUGAAAGAUAAUAUCAAGGUGUACGAGAAGGAAGUCACGCUCAAGGAACAGGAGUUGAAUAGCUUGGGAUAUGAUACGAGGCGUAUCGGGGAGCUCAGAAAGCAAGAGAAUGACUUACUGAACGAGUUACACUCCUUGGACAACCAGUUGAACGCAAUAAGAAGAGAAGUGGGAAACAUCGACUUUGCAUAUUCUGAUCCCACUCCCAAUUUCAAUCGAAACUUGGUGCGAGGUGUUGCGGCACAGUUAUUCACGUUGAAAGACUCGGAAACUGAAAAGGCCAUGGCACUUCAGGUUUGUGCUGGAGGCCGUCUCUUCAACGUUGUUGUCGAUACUUCUGAUGUGGCGUCACAAAUUUUGGAAAAGGGUCAGCUCAGAAAAAGGGUGACGAUUAUACCGCUCGAUAAGAUAUCAUCGAAGUCAAUUGGUGCCAACACCGUCAACACUGCCAAGUCGUUAUGCCCCGGAAAGGUCGACCUCGCGAUCAACUUGAUUGACUUUGAAAAUGAGCUCACACAGGCAAUGGAAUAUAUAUUUGGGUCAACUUUCAUAUGCGAUGAUCCUGAUACAGCUAAAAAAGUGACAUUUUCCAAUCAGAUAAGAGCUAGAUCGAUAACUUUGGAGGGAGAUAUUUAUGAUCCCGAAGGUAAUUUGUCGGGAGGUUCAAGAAGAAACACCUCUUCCAUUCUUUUAAACAUGCAAAAGUACAACAAGGCGCUCAAUCGUAUGAACGAGGUUGCGCAAGAACUUGCUUUUGUACAAGAGGAGUUGGAAAAGUUCAAUAUUAUAGGGAAGCAGACAACUUCUUUGCAAAGCGAGAUCAAUUUGAAAAAGCAUGAACUUGGUAUUUUACAGAAAAAAUUGGAUAAUAAUCCAAGUGCAACCAUUCUCCGUAACUACGAAGUCAACCAGAAGGAGAUAGUCAACCUCGAAGCAUCAAUUGAGGAAGAGGAGCAAAGAUCAGCACAGUAUGAAAGCGAUAUAUUGUCCAUUGAGCAAGAUAUGAAAGAGUUCAAUAGUGACAAGGGCCUGAAAUUGAAGCGCAUAGAGAAGGAGGUCAACGAAUUACGAGAGUUGCUUGUAACUAAGGAGGAUGAGAUCGAGGCAAAGUCUCAGAAAUUUCAGUCAAUCGAGCUUGAAACAGAACAGUACCAAGCAGAACUCAAUACUUUAAAGGAAGACUUGGAAACCUGUGAGGCGGCCAUAAGAGAGAACGAAAACGAACUGGCUCUGAUAGACAACAAGAUUUCUGAUUUGUCUACUGAAUUAGAAAGUAUCAGAGUUCAGCUAGAUGAAGAGAGAGCCAAUUUGCUCGGACUCAAAGAAGAAUUAAAUGCAGUUACGAAAGCUAUACAAGAAAAGAAAGAUGAAAUCAACGAGCUUCAGUUGAACAUCCAGAAGUUGGACAAUGAACUUGAAAAGUCUACAUCUAUAUCAAACAACUUGCAGAGCCAUAUUGACAAGUUGAUCGAACUGCAUUCUUGGGUGACUGAUUCUAACGUUCUCAGAAGCAUAAUUGAUCUGUACCCCAACAUUGAUUUAAAUGAAUGUCGUCUGCAAGUUGCAGUGCUUGAAGAACGGUUUCAAGGAAUGAGGCGUAAGGUUAACCCCAAUAUUAUGAGUAUGAUUGACAAUGUCGAAAAGAAGGAAGUAUCGCUUAGACAAAUGAUUCGAACCAUUGAAAAAGAUAAGGCGAAAAUAGUCAACACUAUUGAAAAGUUGAACGGAUACAAACGGGAUACGUUGAAUGCAACAUACCAGAAGGUAUCGGUUGACUUUGGACAAAUCUUUGGCGAUUUGCUUACCGGUUCAUUUGCCAAGUUGGUGCCUGUAGACAACGAUGAUGUCACCAAGGGAUUGGAAGUGAAGGUGAAAUUAGGACCCGUUUGGAAGGAAAGUUUGGUAGAGUUGUCAGGAGGACAGAGGUCAUUGAUUGCCUUAUCACUUAUUAUGGCGCUCUUGCAAUUUAAGCCAGCUCCAAUGUACAUUUUGGACGAGGUGGACGCUGCACUCGAUUUGUCACACACCCAAAACAUCGGACAUUUGAUCAAAACGAGAUUUAAAGGGUCCCAGUUCAUUAUUGUGUCUCUUAAAGAGGGAAUGUUCACCAACGCCAAUAGAGUGUUCAGGACGAGAUUCCAGGACGGAACAUCGGUAGUUUCUGUUAUGUAA